AUGGCCGAGUUACAGCGAACAACGCUGUGUUGCUGUCGGAAAGUGCUAACGGUGCCCAGUAAGUCAUGUGAAGGCGGCCGGGGUAUAGGACAUUGUCGCUUGGUCGACGUUGCCUCAGCGUCCAACUUCCACAGCUUUAAACUUCGACACUUCCAUCUCGAUCUCCACAUAAACUUUGCCGUUAAGAGGAUGACUGGGUGGCAAGUCCUUGAACUCGUCCCGAUCCAACCGGGAGUACAAGCCCUCAUUUUGGACACGCACCCGUCUUUACUUAUCCAUUCCAUUGACUGCAAGGUGCCCGGUUCAUCCGGUGCUCCCGAUAUUUUCCUCUCGCUAACUUACCAUGUGGAUCCAUUCACCGACUACGGUUCGUCUCUAAAUAUAAGCCUUCCAGCCACUGUGAUCCGGCCGCACCGGGCUUUCCAGAUCACCAUCCGCUACACAACGACUGACGGCCCUGCGAUUUGGUGGCUGGAUGCCGAGCUGACAUGUGGGCAGACCCGUCCGUUGGUUUUCACUCAGGGCCACUCAGUGUGUAAUCGUUCCUUCUUCCCCUGUUUCGACACACCAGCUGUGAAGAGCACGUAUUCAGCCACAGUCCGAGUUCCGGAGGGUGUGACAGUGUUGAUGAGUGCGUCCAGAAGUGCGUACUCGAAGCAGGACAGGGUGUUCCAGUUCUCCAUGGAGUUCCCAGUUCCAGCGUACCUGGUUGCUCUGGUUGCUGGCGACCUGCAGCACGCCGACAUCGGCCCCAGGAGUCGCGUGUGGGCAGAGCCCUGUAUACUGACCUAUGCAGUCAGUAAGCUAGGGGGCAGUGUGGAGCGCUGGUUGGCUGUGGCAGAGAACCUGUUUGGCCCUUAUGUCUGGGGAAGGUAUGACAUUGUAUUCCUGCCUCCCUCUUUUCCCAUUGUUGCCAUGGAGAACCCCUGCCUUACUUUCAUCAUCUCCUCUAUCCUGGAGAGUCGGGAGUUUCUGCUGAUUGAUGUCAUACAUGAGAUUGCUCAUGGUUGGUUUGGUAACGCCGUCACAAAUGCAACCUGGGAGGAGAUGUGGCUUAGUGAGGGACUGGCCACGUAUGCACAGAGACGCAUCACUACUGAGGCCUACGGAGAGGCCUUUACCUGUUUGGAGACAGUGUUUCGUCUGGACGCGCUUCACAGACAAAUGCGUCUCCUUGGAGACAACAACCCAGUGAGCAAGCUUCAGGCUAAGUUUGAGCCAGGUGUGAACCCCAGCAGUCUAAUGAACUUGUUUACGUAUGAGAAAGGUUUUUGUUUUGUUUCUUACCUCUCUCAAUUAUGUGGUGACAUCAAGAGGUUUGACAGCUUCCUCAGGGCAUACAUUGAGCAGUUUAAGUUUAGCAGCGUGGUAGCCCAGGACCUGCUGGAUUUCUUCUUGGGUUUCUUUCCGGAGCUGAGGGCGGGAUGUGUGGAGCAGAGAGAGGGGCUGGAGUUUGAGCGCUGGCUAAAUGACUGUGGACCCCCUCUGUGUGAGCCGGACCUGUCGGCCGGCGGGAUCCUGACCGACCCAGUUCAGAGGUUGUGUGAACUCUGGGGUACAGACGCCCGGGAUUCCCAGGCCAUUGCGACCUUUGACCUCUCCACUUGGAGUACCUUCCAAACUGUGCUCUUCUUAGACAGACUACUAGACCGAUCACCCCUGCCUCAAGAGAUGAUGAGUCACCUGUCGAGCUGCUACUCUGCGCUGUUGGAUGGUAUGAAUGCAGAGGUGCGAAUCCGCUGGCUGCAGAUUGUGGUUCGCAACAGUUUCUACCCCGACCUGCCACGUGUCCGCAGUUUUCUGUACAAACAUACAUCUCGUAUGUACACAGUGCCAUUGUAUGAAGACCUCUGUGGAGGUGUGUUAAAGUGUUUUGCAGUGGAGGUAUUCUAUGAGACCCAAGCCCGUUUACACCCAAACCUGCGGCGCACACUCCAGCAAAUCCUGUUCCAGACAAAUGCUGUGACCGCCAACACCGCCCCGCCUAUCAUCACCAGCUCGUCGGCCUCUAGCCCCACCCCCGGUGACCCACCAACCAAUGGGACCAUCGCCCUGCGAGACGUCAACGUGUCAGCGUGAGAGCCUGGCGACACUGUGAGAGACAUAUGGAAAAACUGAAGGAAAAAAAGAGGAGUGAUGAAUAAGGAGAGAUGGAACUGGACAGGACUUGAAUAGACUGGUGUAGCUGUAAGACUGGACAGUGAAGUGCAUUAGAAUAACCAGCCUUUUCCAUUCAUACACUUGCAUACGCAUUCAGCAACACUGGGUUCUCUAUUUAAAAACGAAGACUGAUUCUCAAUAUGCUAAAACUGUGGAAGCUGCUCAUGUCAUAGGGGAAAGAGACCUCGCUAGACUGCUCUGUUAGAACCACGACCCAAGUGUUUCUCUAUGUGUGUGUGUGCGUGUGUGUGUAGCUGAAUGUGUAUUAUGGAAACAGAUUGCUAUCUGUAGCCUGUAUUCACAUUUAUACGUGUGUG